AUGGGGACUACGGCCCUGGAUUCAUUCAAGGAUAUAACCUCGGGAGCUGCAGGAGGUAUAGCGCAAGUUCUAAUAGGCCAACCUUUCGACCUCGUAAAAGUGCGCCUUCAAACCCAAGGCGGAGGAGGAAAUGCCCUAGGUCUAGUCCGCAGCAUCUGGACUAAAGAAGGGCCUUUGGCUUUUUACAAGGGUACUCUAGCUCCGUUGCUAGGUGUAGGUGCUUGUGUCAGCAUACAAUUCGGCGCCUUUCAACUCUUCCGCCGGCGACUCGAAGAGUAUCGCGAAAUCUACCCAGCCAACGCUAAAACAAACAGCAAAUCACUCUCCCUAUCUGACUUCUACCUCGUGGGAGGAGCCGCGGGCCUGACCAACAGCAUCAUAUCCGGACCAAUCGAGCAUGUCCGAAUCAGGCUCCAGACUCAACCAAACGGCCCAGCCCGUCUAUACUCUGGGCCCUGGGACUGCGUGCGCAAGAUCAUGCAGCACUCCGGUAUCAAGGGCCUGUAUCGUGGGCAGGUCGUCACUCUUUUCAGAGAGUUCCACGGGUACGGCAUCUGGUUUGCCGCGUAUGAGGGAUUUCUCAGUAUGGCGAUGGCGUGGGAAGGCGUCAAGGACAGAAGAGAACUAGCUAGCUGGAAGAUUGCCGUCUGUGGAGGUCUUGCGGGCGAGGCGCUGUGGCUGGGGAGUCAUCCGCUCGACGUGAUCAAGAGUAAGAUGCAGAGCGACGGGUUUGGGAGAGGCCAGAAGUACUUGACUAUGCGUGACGCUUUCCGCCAGACUUGGAGAGAGGGUCGGUUUCGAGGACUAUUUCGAGGACUUGUUCCAGCGUUGCUGAGGGCGAUGCCUGUGUCUGCUGGGACUUUUGCAACGGCUGAGCUUUCGCGAUACGCAUCCACCACUUCAGGGAACCCAGAAACAUUGCCACCACACUCCAAGCUGCCCUUGAAGAUUCUCUUGCGGUCCCUGUUGGUGGCGACCAUUUCUUCCCACCGGAUCUUGCUGGGCCCGUCUCUGGCUAUUCUGAAAUUCCUAAACGACUCGCACCGAACCUGGGUCUUUGACGUGCAAAGGAAUCCUUUAUUGCACGCUAUACUAAAGAAGACCAUGUACAACCACUUCUGCGCCGGCGAGAACCGACACGAGGUGACGUCGACGAUUGCGGAGAUCAAGCGCAUGGGGUUUCGGGGAGCCAUCCUCACGUACGCUCGCGAGAUUGUGGUCGACAACACGACAGAAGAAGAGAGCGGUCGGGGGUUGAAGGAGAUGGAUUCCGCUUCAGAAAUCGAGUCAGAUGCUGGGAUCGACGCCUGGCGUGAGGGUGUCUUGGAAACGGCGGAUAUGCUCAGUGAAGGAGAUAUCUUGGCUCUCAAACUGACUGGUGCCGGUGCCGCCGUUUCAGAGGCGCUCACUUCGAGGAAGCCCCUGCCAGCGCAGAUGGAGUCAGCUCUCGCAGACGUAUGCUCUCGCGCGGUGGAGCGUGGAGCACGCAUCUUCAUGGACGCCGAACAGAUUUCAGUACAGCCCGGAAUCGACGCAGUAGCAAUAGACCUCAUGCGCCGCUUCAACACGAAAGAAAGAGGCGCCGUCGUCUUCAACACCUACCAAGCCUAUCUCAAGAGCACACCGGAUACCCUGGCUCAGCACGUGGCGCUAGCUCACAAGGACAACUUUGUCCUCGGUAUCAAACUGGUGCGCGGAGCUUAUAUCAGCUCAGAGCCAAGGCACAUGAUCAAUGAUACCAAGCAAGCAACCGACGACUCGUAUGACUCUAUUGCACGGGAACUCUUGUCACAAGGUUACAGAGACUAUGGCGUGCCGGGCGGGAAGUCAUUCCCGGGCAUCGAGUUGUUCCUUGCAACGCACAAUAAGGACAGCGUCCUAAAGGCCAAUGAGCUUCAGCAAACUCGCGCCAAGGAAGGGAAGGCCGUGAUCAAGAUUCAGUAUGGGCAGCUUCUGGGCAUGGCCGACGAAGUCAGCUUCAGUCUGCUCCAGCUUGCAGACCAGGGGUCCGAUGCAAAGGGAUCGGGAAGUGAUGCCCCUAUAGAGGUCUACAAGUGCUUGAGCUGGGGCUCUCUUGGUGAUUGUACGUCGUAUCUCUUGCGGCGGGCGGUCGAGAACCGGGAUGCGGUAUCCCGCACAAAGUCGGAGUUCACUGCGUUGAAGAACGAGUUAUGGAGGAGGCUUACAUCUUCCAAUUGA